AUGUCAUCGUAUUUAAAGGACCCUUCCAUCCACCAAAACCAAAACCAAAACCACCUCAAACAACUUCCACAACCUUCAUUUCUCAAAUCGCAAAAACAUGUCUUUCAGAAACAUCAGACGACGACUACGGAAACAACGAAUACCGUAGAACGAUAUAUUACAUUUCAGAUAUCAGCACCCUCUGGAACACAAUUGUGGGAGGAGAGACAGAAGAGGAAGAUGUUAGAGAAUCAGUUUUUUGCAGACGUGACGGGGUUUCCUAAAUAUAGCGACGUCGGAAUAAAAAAUUGGAACAUUGACGGGGAUUGUCUGUGGGGAAUCAACUACAUCGUGGACACAAAAGUCAGACGCGUUGAGGCGAGAACCGAUGAGGUGGAGAAGAGGCUAGAGGAAAUAGAGAGAGAAUGGAGGAGACAAAGAUCGAUACUCUUGGCUGAAUCAUAA